UUGCCCUCAGUGAAGCAGGUCGUGGCGCGCAACGAAGCUGCCCGCUCUGAAGUCGGCGACUACUACAUCCGGCAGUUCAUAACCCGAGGCAAGGGCAUCUGGGCGCACAGCGCCGGACCGCCGAGUGUCUGUGUGCGCGUCAGCCCCAUUGACCUUGGACGCUACGCGCCGGCAUACUCAGAUGGUCUGCACGCCGUCAUAGCGCGCACCCGCAGUUUCUCGCCCGAAUCACUCGACUCCAAGAUAAAGCACCAGAGCCGCAUGCACUUCGAGCUUGCGGAGAUUGAGGCAGGUGAUGUGGACCCGGAAGCAUGGCCGCUGCUGUUAGACUUGAACGGCAACAUCACCGAGGGCACAUCCAACAAUGUGUUCGUGGUCACGGACGGCGUGAUCAGGACGCCGGGAGACAGCACGAUUCUGCAAGGUGGUUCGCGCAAUAUGGUGCUUGACCUUGCAACCCAGCUUGGCAUUCCAGUCGCCCAGGAGGACCUGCAGCCCUACGACCUUUAUACUUCCAAUGAGGUCUUCUUCUCGCGCACCGGACCUUGCAUACUGCCCGUCACCAAGGUUGAUAACCGAAAGGUAGCGGACGGCAAGCCGGGAGACAUAACGCAGCAACUUCUGGCGGCGUGGAGCGAGACGGUUGGCGUGGACAUCGUGGAUCAGGUCAUGAGCAUGGCGUAG